CCUGUCGCUACCGCUAUUCCUACUAUUUCUCAAUGAAAACACGUAGCCUACUGUACUCUGCUGACAGUACAGGUAUCAAGGUGGGAAUGGGAUGUUUUUAACAGUAACGCUGUCCUGGAGGAGUGAUUUAGAUACCUGAGAAUGAUACAGAACAAACAUAUGUCAUGAAAUCUGACUGUCUGUGCAGCUCCAGAGAAGUCAAGAUACCGCUUGCAGGCUUUGACAAAUUAACGGCGCUCAAGAAGCUUUAAAGGCAACAUCUUUGCCUGCCAUCACAGAACACUACACCUAAACGCGAGCAUCAUUUCCGGGCUCGUCACGUCGUCUAUAGUGGAGCGGGAUAUCGGUGUGAGAGGAGCGGGCAGCGGAGCGGUGUCGGUUAACAUACCCGGGCUGCUGGACGAUAGCAUGGCUCCGGGAAAGGGAGCCGGGAAGCCCGUCUCGAUAUGGGACAAUAUGCGGAUACGGUUCAUUGUUUGUUUCCUCGGAGUCUUCGUGUGUUACUUUUACUACGGAAUAUUACAAGAGACUAUCACUCGAGGCAGCUAUGGUCAAGGAGACCAAAAGGAGAAGUUCGUAUUUGCCCGGACAUUGGUCCUCAUCCAGUGCAUUGUCAGUGCUCUGUUUGCUAAGAUCUUGAUCCAGUUCUUUGAGGGUUCAAAGCCAGACCACACCCAGAGCUGGCUUUAUGGGCUGUGUUCCCUCUCUUACCUGGGAGCCAUGGUGUCCAGUAACUCUGCCCUUCAGUAUGUCAACUACCCCACACAGGUGUUGGGAAAGUCCUGCAAGCCCAUACCAGUGAUGAUCCUCGGUGUGACGAUACUGAGGAAGAAGUACCCGCUGGCUAAGUAUCUGUGUGUGCUGCUUAUUGUGAGCGGAGUGGCGUUGUUCCUCUACAAACCCAAUAAGAGCUCAGUCGCAGACGACCAUGUCUUUGGGUUUGGAGAGAUUCUGCUGCUGGUCUCCCUGACAUUGGACGGUUUGACUGGUGUGGCCCAGGAUCACAUGAGGUCUCGCUUCCAGACCAGUGCCAACUACAUGAUGCUGAACAUCAACAUGUGGUCCACUCUGGUGCUAGGACUAGUGGUAUUAUGGACAGGCGAGGUCUGGGAUUUCCUGAGUUUUACUGAACGCCACCCGAGCAUCAUCUACAACAUCAUACUGUUUGGACUGACCAGUGCUUUAGGCCAGACCUUCAUCUUCAUGACGGUGGUCUACUUUGGGCCUCUGACCUGCUCCAUCGUCACCACCACGAGAAAGUUCUUCACCAUCCUCGGCUCCGUUCUUCUGUUCGGCAACAUCAUGACUGGGAUGGAGUGGUUUGGCACCAUCCUGGUUUUCCUUGGUCUCGGAUUCGAUGCUAAAUUCGGCAAAACCCCCAAGAAGACGACACACUAAAACGUCAGGAGCACGAGACAGAAAGAUUGCAAAUUGAAACACUCUAAAGCCAGUAUCAUAUUUUCAUAAAGCGUUCUGUAGAGGCACACUGUAUGUGCCUAUCAUAUGUUUAAGUAUGGUCAGAUGUUUCACUUAACUGUAUUUAAAAAGAGAGUCUAGCUUCUAUUGUUUACUUAGGAUACAGCAAAGAGACACAUUUGACUUGGGAUCGAGUCCUGAAUGAACUGUGACAAGCCAUUUAUUUUCUUUUUUUCACAAAAUACCUACCUUUUGUAGAGGAAUUUGGACUGACUGAAAGAGACGGAAAGUACUGUAUCAGAAAAAUCUUUAUGUUUCUGAAACCAGCUAACCUCCCUUGAAUGGAUAUUGAAACCAAACAAGGUCUAACUCAUGAACUUCCACAAAAUAAGGCUUGGUUGGCAAAGUCAUGCUUGAAUAUGUGUAAUUAUCACAUAAAGAUGAAUGAUUAGCAAACAAUCAGCCAAGUAUCAUGUCAUUUAAAAAAUAUAAACGGUUGUAUGCAUCGCAUUGUUGUAUGUCCAAUCAUAUCAUUGAACUGUUUUUACUUUUAUUUUCUACAAGUUGAAAAUAAUUGACCAUAAAAAGGGAAAUUGUGAUAA